AUGCCGCGGUCUUUUCUGGUGAAAAGUAAGAAAUCGCCUACCACCACUGCCACCACCGCCACCACCACCCACGACACCUCCACUACCGGAUCGAACCUCGACAACACAGGAUCUAUCAGAGAACGCGGCAGUGCUUUCACUCUGGUCACCCCAACACAGACAGCAGGUGUCGACUUCCCGUGUCUUGAAGUGGCUGCGCAGCAAGUUGCAGCGGCAGGAACAGCAGCAGCAGCGGCAGUGGCGCUCUGCUUCCCUUUCGACAUGCCCAAUGUAGUUUCGACCGAAAGCGGUGCCGGAACCGGAAGUGGAAACGGGACCAGAAGCUUAACGAGAAACGGCACGUGCAACGGCCAUGGCAAUAACGGCAGCGGAAACGGAAGUGUAAGUGGUGAUGCACUGAAACUUCUGAUGCAGAAAAUGCACAACAAGUUCACCUACUCCGACUUGUACCGCUAUCACUUCCUGCACAGCGCAGACCUGAUGGUCAACAGCAACAACAGCAACAACGGCCUCAACGGCACUUCCUCAUUAGGGGUCAGCUCUGAUGGACCGCUAGGGGACAGACAUUCAGAUGCUAAUACAGCCGAUGCAAUGGCGCAUUUCUGGAAUUCCACCCAACUGUGCCAUUUUCUUGGAUCGAAAUAUAAUAGUAAACCUCUUCUUGGAGACGCCGACCGGUUAUUCCGAGAGGGACUCGGUGUUAUUGGAGGCAUUGGUAGUCUUGGCAACGCAUUGGGUAUCACUGCAGCUUCGCCCAGUAGAGGUCGCUGCUUCAGUUCCCAUGCGGUCAGUCAGUUGGCUGCCAGAGCCGUGGGAUUGUCGACCGGCGUCGGUUUGUCAUCAGGCGUCACCGGUGUUAGUGGAUCGGCGUCGGUAGGUGGAAGUGACGGUGCCGCCACCCUCGGUCUCAUCGGAGCGAUGUCCGCCGCUGCUAGCCGAGUCCCCGGUGGCGGCGAGGCGGCACACCUGAUCCGUGUCGCCGACGCGCACAUAGGUGGAGCCAGUGUUGUGCUCAGCGGAGACGAAGGACCGUUCGAGUGUGUCAAGUGUGAAAAACCGUACAAGUGCACUCACUGUGGCAAAGCGUUUAGCCAGUCAUCUAAUCUAAUUACUCACUGUAGGAAGCAUUCAGGUUUCAAGCCGUUCGCUUGCCAGAGAUGUAGCAAAUCGUUUCAGCGUAAAGUUGACCUUCGGCGGCACAUGGAGAGUCACCAUGCUGUAAACAUGCUCCAGUCGGAAAAUGACCACCUCAUAGAACCACAAUUACAACAGCAACAACAACAACAACAGCAGCAGCAGCGGCACCAUCAACCUCCACUACCGACACCAAGUAUGUCACGUGUCUUGAUUAAAAAUGAUCGACGGGAAUGA